AUGGAUAGAGACUUAGCGUCAGUGUUAUCGCAGGAAGAACCUCUCUUGGGGAACAUUCAGGAUAUUAGUCAUCAGGUGUGGUUCCUUCAAGACCAGACCCUCACAGCAGUCCCAAGGAAGAACUGUGUGGUUCCAGUCACUGUUACCUUAAUCCCAUGCAAAUGUCCAGAGACUCUUGAGAAAGACAAAGGAAAUCCCAUUUACCUGGGACUGAAAGAGCCAGAGUUCUGCCUGUUCUGCACGAAGGUCAGGGAGCACCCCAUGCUGCAGCUUGUGGAACGGAACAUAAUGGAUUUGUACUACCAAACUGAGCCUGUGAAGCCCUUCCUCUUCUACCACAGCCAGAGUGGCAGAACCUCCACCUUUGAGUCUGUGGCUUUCCCUGGCUGGUUCAUCGCGGUUUGUUCCAAAGCAGGUUGCCCUGUCAUCAUUACCCAAGAAUUAGGGAAAACCUACACCACUGAUUUUGUUUUAUCUCUACUGCACUAAGAUAUGUUACUCUGUGGUAUUAUACCCUUCCUGUUGUAUCAAGACCAUUUGGAUCCUGAGGGGAAGAAGCAGACAUAGAAGUUCCAUCAAAAAAGAAGACACCAGAAAGAA